AUGGACGACCAGACCUCGAUGAGACCCCCGACGGCUAUUCUGGAGACCGUGUGGACGUCAAGGGGGUUCUUCUUGGUCGUUUUGGUCGUCGCGAUCAACGGCGAGGAGAAGUGGCGCUACUUCAAGAUGCUGUGCGACCUGGGCUACAAGGAGAUUGAGGUCUCCUUCCCCUCUGCCUCCCAGACAGACUUCGACUUCACGCGCCGCCUCAUCGAGACCCCCGGCGCCGUCCCCGACGAUGUAUACCUCCAGGUCCUCGCCCCCUGCCGCGAGGACCUCAUCAAGAGGACGGUAGAGUCCCUCAAGGGCGCGAAGAACGCCAUUGUUCACAUCUACCUCGCCACAUCAGAGUGCUUUAGGAAAGUGAUUUUCGGAUUCUCCGAAGACGAGAGCGUCGAGCUCGCCGUCCGCUGCGCCAAGUACGUCCGCUCCCUGACCAAGGACGACCCCUCCCAGUCCGGCACCAACUGGCAGUUCGAGUUCUCCCCCGAGACCUUCUCCGAUACCUCCCCAGAGUUCGUCGUCCGUAUCUGCGAGGCCGUCAAGGCCGCCUGGGAGCCCUCAGCCGAGGUUCCCAUCAUCUUCAACCUCCCCGCGACCGUCGAGAUGGCCACGCCCAACGUCUUCGCCGACCAGGUCGAGUACUUCUGCACCCACGUCACCGAGCGCGAGAAGAUCGCCGUCUCGGUACACUGCCACAACGACCGCGGCUGCGCGGUCGCCGCGUCAGAACUCUCGCAGAUGGCCGGCGCCGACAGAGUAGAGGGUUGCCUGUUCGGCAACGGCGAGAGGACGGGUAACGUCGAUCUCGUGACUCUCGCCCUGAACCUCUACACACAGGGAAUCCACCCCAACGUGGACUUCUCCGAGCUCAGCCGCGUCAUCGACGUGGUCGAGGAGUGCAACAAGAUCCCGGUCCACCCCCGCGCGCCCUACGGCGGCUCCCUCGUCGUAUGCGCCUUUUCGGGCUCGCACCAGGACGCCAUCAAGAAGGGCUUCCAGGUCCGCGAGAAGGAGGGCAAGAAGAACGAGGAUCGCUGGCAGGUCCCCUACCUCCCCCUCGACCCCACCGACAUCGGCCGCACCUACGAGGCCAUCAUCCGCGUCAACUCGCAGUCCGGCAAGGGCGGUGCCGCCUGGAUCAUCCUGCGCAAGCUACAGCUCGACCUGCCGCGUGGUCUGCAAGUCGCCUUCUCAAAGGUCGUGCAGGAGAAGGCGGACCAGCUCGGCCGGGAGCUUCUGUCAGAGGAGAUCGCGGAGCUGUUCGAGCAGACAUACUACCUGCGCGAGAACCCGCGGUUCACCAUCGUGGACUACAGUAUCGCGCCGGACCGCUCGCAGAGCCCGGCGCCGCCCGCGCCCGGCAAGACGCAGGACACCAAGAACCUCAAGAGAGUGUUCGAGGGUGUCGUCGCGAUCGACGGCAGGGAGUACAAGCUGCGCGGCCGCGGAAACGGUCCCAUCUCCAGCUUGGCCAACGCCCUCAAGAGCGUCGGCGUCACCCUCGAUGUCGAGGACUACAAGGAGCACGCCAUCGGUGCCGGUCGCCAUGUCAAGGCUGCUACGUACAUCGAGUGCACGGCGACCGGCACCAACCAGAAGUUCUGGGGUAUCGGUAUCCAUGAGGACGUCGUCCAGAGUUCUCUGAUCGCUCUUCUGAGCGCGGCCAGCAACUUCGUCGGCAGCCGCCCCGGAAGCCCGAUCCUCGCCAAGCCCAUCCCGGAAAGAUCUCUGAGCCAGGAGCUGGACCUCCAGGAAACCAACGGAACCAACGGCGCGUCUCACGAGACCCCCAGCAUCGUCGCGGCCCUGGAGGAGAAGGCGAACGGCAUGUAA